AAUCUCACUCUGCAUCUCUUCUGCUCAUCCUCAGCAUCACAUCAUUUUACAACUAACAGGACCAUGUCUGUGUAUCGGCAAACAACAUACUCUGUUGGAGGAAGCAAGAAAGGCUUCAGUGCCGCUUCUGCUGUUGCACCUGGGGCAAACCGAAGCAACUUCAGCACACUCUCUGUCAGUCGUUCAGGCGGUGGAGGUGCAGGCUCUGGCCGUGUUAGCUUUGGUGGCUUUGGCAGCAGAAGUCUCCAGAAUCAAGGGGCAAGCAAUAGAAUUUCCAUCGGUUCACAGUCCCGUUAUGGAUAUGGUUCAGGAGCCGGUAGUGGAGCAGGAUAUGGUGGAGGACUAGGAUCUGGAUUUGGUGGAGGUCAAGGAUUUGGAUUUGGUGGUGGGCAAGGAUUUGGUGGUGGUGGUGCUGGUUUUCCAGUGUGCCCACCUGGAGGUAUCCAAGAAGUUACUAUUAAUCAUAGUCUUUUAGCACCACUCAAUCUGUCAUUUGACCCAGCCAUUCAGAGAGUGAGAACAGAAGAAAGAGAGCAAAUUAAGACCCUUAACAACAAGUUUGCCUCCUUCAUUGACAAGGUCCGGUUCUUAGAACAACAGAACAAAGUACUGGAAACAAAAUGGAGUCUUUUGCAAGAGCAGGGUGUGAAAACAGUUAAAAACAACAUGGAACCUCUAUUUGAAUCCUACAUUAAUACUUUGCGGAGACAACUAGAUGGUCUAUUAAAUGAUAAAUCUCGUUUAGAUUCAGAACUCAGACACAUGCAGGAUACUGUAGAGGAAUUCAAGAACAAGUAUGAAGAAGAAAUUAACAAGCGCACAGGAGCAGAGAAUGAAUUUGUUGUGCUUAAAAAGGAUGUUGAUGCUGCAUACAUGAACAAGGUAGAGCUAGAGAGCAAGGUGGAUGCUCUGACAGAUGAGAUCAACUUCCUGAGAACUCUCUACUGCAUGGAGCUUGAACAGAUGCAGGCACAGAUCACCGAUACUUCAGUUGUUCUGUCUAUGGACAACAACAGGUCACUAGACCUGAACAGUAUCAUCGCUGAGGUGAAGUCUCAGUAUGAAGACAUUGCCAACAGAAGUCGGGCAGAAGCAGAAUCCUGGUAUCAAUCAAAAUAUGAAGAGCUACAGGUUUCGGCUGGAAGACAUGGUGAUGAUCUUAGAAACACAAAGGCUGAAAUCUCAGAGUUAAACAGAAUGAUUAACAGACUGCGCUCUGAAAUUGACAAUGUGAAAAAACAAUGUGCCAAAUUGCAGAGUGCUAUUGCUGAAGCAGAAGAACGUGGAGAGCUUGCAGUAAAAGAUGCCAAGCAAAAGUUGAAUGAGUUGGAAGAAGCUCUACAGAAGGCCAAGCAGGACAUGGCUCGCCAAUUGAAAGAGUAUCAGGAGCUGAUGAAUGUGAAACUUGCUCUUGAUAUUGAGAUUGCCACCUACAGAAAAUUGCUAGAAGGAGAGGAAUGCAGGUUGGCAGGAGAAGGUGUGGGACCAGUAAACAUCUCUGUUGUGAGCUCAAGCUAUGGCAACAGCAGUGGAUCUUCUCAUGGGUAUGGAGGUGGAAGUGGUUUCGGAGGUGGAAGUGGAUUUGGAGGUGGUUCCGGAAUAGGAUAUGGUUCUGGUUCUGGACAAGGGAUUGGCGGAGGAUACAGUACAGGGGGUGGAAGCUUCAGCUCAAACAGUGGAAAAUAUGGAUCUGGGGGUGGCAGCUCAAGUGUAAAAAUUGUAUCAAAAACCUCUACAAGUUCCAGGAGGUAUUAAAGUUCCAAACCCAUUGUUGUGUAGUAACAGGUGUAUCAAACCCAUUGGCAACAUUAAAGAUGUAAUCAUGUGGUUUUAAAAACAAAACCUAUGUGCUUUAUUUUAAGAAGUUACAUUGUUGAAGUUAGCUAGGCGAACUCAUGUUUUUGUAUAUUACUAACAGCUCUAGAAUGUCAAAUGGUUCAAGAGAACCUUGAUAUUUGCCACUCUAGAAAUAACCGCAGCCUUACUAUAUCAGAUAUGUAAUCUGACGCAGCCAACAUAAUGCUUAUUGAAAAAUAUAUAAUGUGUUUUUUGUUUUUUUUUUGUGUUUGGCACAUGGGCUGAAUUGUUUUCUGUUUCUAUAAAAGAAGAUUCAAUUUAGCUGUUGCUUAAUUGUUUUUUUCUAUCAAACAUCUCUCUUAUCUUAUUCAUCAAUAAACUGCAAUCAUUCUCAAAUUA